AUGGGUGGCGACUCGAUCAUGAGAGAUGCCGAUGAUCUCUCAGACGUCGAUUCUCUAGCCUCCACGGCUCCAAGCGAAACCCAGUCAGAAUAUGAGGUAGAAGAAGUUCUAGCGGAGCGCAUGGGUAGCCAUGGAGAGAAGGAAUAUCUGCUGAAGUGGGGCGGUUAUCCUCUCGAGCGAGCUUCUUGGGAGCCACCUGAGUGUUUUCUGUCGAUGCAGGAAGUGCUCAAGGCAUACCAAGACAAAUGCCAAAGGGUCCAAGCGGGAACGGAAUCUCCAUUCGAUGUCGAUGCAUGGCAGAGAGGCAUAGAUGCCCAUGAGCGGGAGACAGAGAGGCGCAAAAAGGCUCGCCGAGUCAAGCGUCUGGCGAGAGCUGCCCAGAAGAAGGGCAAGAGGAAAGGCAAACCUCUGUCUCGUCCAUCAACGUCCGAGUCACGCGAGUCUUCCCCAGACGUGCCUUUGUGCCAAACAAGCCGCUAUUCGUCGCCAGACGUACCGCUGAUGAAAUCAGGAACCGUGACUCGCACUUCUCGUCCACGGUCUGGUUCGAACAUGUCUGCUCUUUUUGUUCCUACAGAGUGUUCUGAGCUAGUAGAGCCUCAGGGCGUUGGCUUCGAUGGCUUUACGAGCCAUCAUUCUUCCGAGCAGAUGUCUAUCUCUAAGGGUAGCGAUUCCCUAGAGCCCGUGUCCGUCACUGCCCCACUAGAGAACCCUACUGCUUUGGGGCCCACGAGCUCAGUAGCUCCAUUGCCAACAGACCCUCCCAUGCUGAAGUCUACCGAUCAUCCACCGGGUUCUACUGUGGCCAUCAAGCCUAGUCAGCCGACUCACCAACCCUCAGACGCUGAAAAAGACGUGCAAGAUACUGUUGUGCAAGAUCUCGCCGAUGCUAACGCCAUGCCCAACGGCGCCGGAUCUACCGCCGCCGCUAAGACCGUACUUAAGGAUUCACAGCCUCGAAAAGCAGGUCCUACUCCGACCACAACUUCUGUUGUUCAGGAGCCUACGGCCAGUCCUCUCAAUACAGCAUUGAGUUCCAAAAAAUCAGGCCCUCGCCAACCCGAGAUCGGUCAAUUGAAUCUGAAGAAACCUUCUGAAUUCUCUCCUCGCAAAGCGGCCGGGGUCCCUGUCCCAUUUGCUACAAUGACUGCAUCGGAUGCCACUCGACGAAACUCUCAAGGUCUCGCGAAAGUUCCAACCGCGCCAAAGGCUCUCGCCGCUAUGGCGGGAGUCAAGAACGCUCCAACCGCGCCAAAGGCUCUCGCCGCUAUGGCGGGAGUCAAGAAUGCUCCAACCGCGCCAAGGGCUCUCGCCCGUUUUCAUACCUCGUUCUCGUCAAACCUGGACCCUAUAUCCAGCUCCGUUCAGGGACCUUGUCGGUCAGUCUCAGACAGAUACCGGCCCAGGUCACCUGACGCUACUACCGAGCCUUUCAGAGGCGAUUGCUACAGACCAGGCAGCGAAUUUCGUCGAAGUCCACCUUGGCAGCCUGGCCAUCGUGACAGAUCUCCUCCAUCAAGGCCCCUGUCUCGAUCACGCUCUCGCUCUCGCUCUCGCUCUCGCUCUCGCUCCCCCCUACAUCGUCAAUGGUCACCCACCACACGUCGUCGUUCUCCAGCACCUCGACGUGUAUACGAUUCCUUUCGUCCAUCUGCUCAUUCCCCAUUUAUCACUGUUACUCGUCCCAAACCAUCGGCAUUUAGACCUGCCGAUCCCGGGAAAAAACCACCAGAGUCGGCGUCGGAGGUUGCGGCCCCAGCAUCUGCACCCGAGCCAGCCCAAAUCCAAAAACCAGAGAUGUCUGUCAAGGAUCAGAUCAUGAGGAUGCCGCGAGGCAUACGAAAACCGGGGGCUCGCUUAUUUCAAUCGCCCUACUUCGCGAACCCAGGUGAGAUCCUGGCACAUAUCUUUUUUGGGCCCGAGAGGCAUCGGAUAGGCCCUGUUCGAUUGUGUGGGCUCACAUCGGAGGAGAAGAAAGAAUUGCUCGCGAAAAAGGACGCCCACGGCCGAAUCGCUAGGGUAGAAAUGUGGUUUAGAGACACUUACACGCGGGAUCAGUAUGACAAGCUCUGCAAAGUGGAGAGCGACGCCGGCGGUGUCAACAGGGUCAUCCGCACUUGCUGGAUGGAAGGUUUCGAGGACAGUAAUCCGGAGAUUUUCCAUAUGUCGGAAUGUCUCUUUCAUGAAAACAUCGUCGGUACCUACUACCCGCCCGGUCUCAACGGAUAUGCCUGGGUCGCAUAUUCGCCAAAAUCUUCAGACUUCAAGCAUCUUGCCCUUGGAUAUCCUGAUAUUGAUCCCGGGGUCCCAAUACAUCUGGCGGUGCGCACGCCAUUACCACCCUUGGAGGCGCUGAAAGAUAUUGCUAGGAAAGAGGCCCCAAGGCUAUCUGAGACGACUUUGGUACGCCGUGAUGUAGAUUCACAACUUAACAAGAUAACCGAGAGCCUUCGCAGUUCGCCUGCGGUCAAUCUCUCCCUUCAGAGUUCCGUGGAAAGCUCGAGACCUGAUCCCCCACUCGACGGACGAUUAUCCGGACAGAAAGAGGUUGAAGUGCCUAAUGCGCCUUUACUCGCAAGCACAGUUGCGCCUACACGUUCUGUUAAUGUUUCCGCAGAUCCUCGCCUGAAGCGGCUACCGCCCACGUCUCUGAGGACUCAAAAUUUACGCACAGGACUAGCACAGGCACAGUCUGCAGGGGCCGGGCCCAUGCCGGCCAGCGGGGACGCCCCUUUGGUAGAUACGUUGGAGUCACCAGCAGGCAGCAAAUCGGCUAUUCUACCACCCUCGUCCGCGCCGCAAUCGAUUCUGGAUACGUACUUCGAGCAAAAUCUUGAAAUUCAAUUCAAGGAGCUCUCCCGUGUCAGUGAGAGACAUGAUGGAUCCCGGGCAGACAUGUUCUAUCUUCACAUGCCGGAAAACGAAGCAGACGGACCCGAUCAUCUGCUUCUGAAAGGGUGGCUUGAGAUGAACGGGGCGAUGGUAUGGAGCGAUUGGGCGAAGUUUGUGAAAAACGCCAAGUAUGGCGUGGUUCUGUUCCACGAAACCUUCGGCAAAUUCCACACGCUGCGCCCGCAUAUCCGGACUGUACAAUCUACACCGACUAUCGCUUUCUGGGUUUACCGUACUUCGAGGCCGCUCGACCACCCCGAUACACGCCACUGCCAGCCAGGGGCCUUCUUCCAACGCAUCUUCAUCCGUGGUGGCGUGUACCUACUCACCGAGGACGUCAUGGAUGAUCUGAAGCAAGCCAUCGUGCUUUUCAGCACGUUCCAAAACUUCCAGCGGAAGGAUCCGGGGAUUUGGAAGGUCGCCUGUUGGCCGAAUUUGCUGGAACGACUUGCGCAAAUAGCUGCCGAUCCGAGUCGAUCCCAGAAUGAGUUAAAACUGCUUGAUAUUGUCGAGUACUUUAUCAACACUAUUAACUCUAUCGGUCAGCAACCCUUUACAGCCGACAGUCUAGAUGCGAGAAACCUGGACCGCCCGACGAACAACGUCCUAUCACUUUCCGUAGCCGGAUAUGGCGAUUCAAAGCGUCAGCCGUCAUCAGGGUCACUCCGUGACCUCACUCCUGCCCAACACAAGGCGGAUCAUCUCGCCGAGUACUUCGCAGGAUGGACUCUUGAGAACGUCGUCCACUUCCGCAAAGCCUACAUAAUCACCAACUGCAAGAGCGAGGCCUUGAUCAAACGAUGGAGUUCUUGGGGCCACGUCAACGUUUCUAGUAUGGAGGCUUUCCUGGACAAGUACAAGAUACACAACGUUGACAGUGAGGUGGAACGCAUCGUCGAUCGAAUGAGCAAGUCUGGUAGACUUACUAUGUCGGUUCCCUUGAACAUGGGGUCUGAUAGAAUCCCAGCGGAUCUGUCUUCUCCUAGCCAAACGCCGCAAACACCCCACACGGCGGGCUUACCGACUCCGCGAGAACCACGCGCGGACGCUUCCAAUGGCACAAUGCCAGAUGGAUGGAAACCUCCUGCCCUUCAGAACGCCACGGGCUUUGCUGGCCCAUAUCGUUAA